AUGCCGGUCAGUAGCGGUCACAGCCACAAUCAUAGCCACUCGUACCACGACGACCCUUUCAACUCGUCUGCGUACCCGAGCCCAAACGCGCAGCACCAGCAGCACCAGCAGCACCAGCAGCACCAGCACUCGUUCGUGUCGAUCCCCGUCCAGGCGAGCUCGUCGCAGGGCGUGAAUCACUCGUUGUCGCCGUCGUCAUCCGUCACUUCGUCGCUCGGCAUAUUGCCGCAACACUACGGAUCGCAUUCGGCAGCGUCCUCGGUCCAUCUGGCCACGACCCCUUCAUCGACCCAGACUUAUCGUUACUCGACCUCGGUCGAAGCCGGCGAUUAUCGUCCGCCGAUCGGAUCCCUCUCCGCCCACCAUCACGACCCCGCCGCGGCGAGCACCACCUCCUCGCACCACCUCGGCCACCGCAGUUCAAAGAGCGUCACCCGUCAGCCUUCGUCCGGUCACGCCCACCCGCCGAGCUCACAUUCCCAUAGUCUCCCCCACGCCGCGCACAAUCACCCCAAGAGCAUGUCCAUCAGCGGACUGCCCUCGCAUGCGCUCCUCCACGCCGGCAGCUCCUCGUCCGCCUCGGCCCUGAGCCCGGCCACGACGAACAGGACCCCUUCGAUCCAUCGCACGAGCACUUACUCUCCAUCGUCGUCGUCGUCUUCCCACGACGUCGCCAUGGCCCCUCCCCCCCUCACUGCGGUAAACUCGGCUGCGUCGACCUCGUCAUCGUCGUCGUCGUCCGCUUCAUCGUUCUGGUCACGACCCAGCAACGCAGCCCCCUCGUCAUUGUCCUCGGCGACGACCACCGGCGCGUCCCACUCGCAACACUACCGCGCCUCCCCUUCACUGUCGUCGGCACAAGCCCUCAUCGGAUCCGGAGCAGGUUCUUCUCUACCUCCGCCCCAUGUCGCCCUCAACGGCAGCAGUCUCAUGAGGAGGGGCUCGAGUUACGACGGCACCCCAACGCGUUCAGCGACCAUGUACAACCUCGCCGCAGCCACCUCCCCGACCAUCACCCCGCGGUUGCAGACCUCGGGACUGGUACCCAACCCAUACUCGUCGGCUCGAUCACGGGCCGGUUCAGGUUCCGGAUCGGGAUCGUAUUCGCCCAUGGGGGGCGUGCAGCAGACGGGCCAGACCUCGCCCAUCCAAACCACCCCACUUGGGCCGAACCAGCUCUCCUCGUUCGGCGGCAGCAGCGGCGGCGGCCACGGCUCGUCUCAAUCCAUCAGUAGUGCCCAUCCCAACGCUUCCCGCAUCACCAGCGAACACAUGCGUGAUUCUUCUUAUUCGCCCUCGCAGUACUCGACCGAAGCGGUUUCGGCGGCAUCAUCGUCGGCGCUCUUCCCCAACUCGCCACUCAUGGGCAAUGCGAAUGCUUCGUCAUUCUAUGCGACCCACAUCCCUGCGGCCACCUCUUCCACGUCUCUACCCAUCGGAGUCCCCGUUCCUCCGCGACCGGCGUCCCACUCGCCUCAACCGCCUCAUCCGCCGCUCACCCCGUCCCAUCAGCCUCAGGCGCAGCAGUACUACCAAUCUCAGCACUACUAUGACUCCAACAUGGCCGCCGCAGGAAAGGGCAAGUCGAUCGAUGCGUCGUCGAGACAAGUGUCUGGGUAUGUCGCGUCGUCGGCGUCGUCUUCGUCGUCGGCGCCCGCGGUCAACCCCGCGGCGAUGUACUAUGCUGGUCAUGACUUUCGCUCGAGUGCGGCCACCGCUCCUCCGGCGGUUAGUGCGGAGCGCGUAGGUCGAGGCUUGAGAAGGGUCCGGGACCCAAAGGAGAUCAAGCGGACGAUCAAUCAGCAACCGGCUGGGCGGAGAGCCGAUCCGGCGGGGGGUUUCGUAUCGGUGAGUGAACGAACGUGGAAACGCCGAUGAGCGACGGGUCAAAAUUGAACUCACGAGCUCACUUUCUUUCCUCUGUUGAUCUCACAGCCACUGAAGGCGUUGACGCUGCACCUACCUCAAACGUAUCAUCUCGUGAACCCGGCGUUCCGAUACGAGACGUCGUUGAACCCACGGCGGGUGUUGACCAAGCCGAGCAAACCUGCGAUGAACGAUGGGUUCGACAAUGAAGAUAGUGACUACAUCUUAUACGUCAACGACGUACUGGGGCCAGAGGACAAGGACAGGUCAGUCCUCCCCGCGGAUCUGCUGAGCCUGCGACCACGCGACUGACGCAACUUCUUUUCUGGCGAUGCAGAUAUCUCAUCCUCGAUGUGCUCGGACAAGGCACGUUUGGACAGGUGGUCAAAUGCCAGAACAUGAAGACGCACGAGAUCGUGGCCGUCAAGGUCGUGAAGAACAAACCUGCCUACUUCCAACAAUCAAUGAUGGAGGUGACGAUCCUCGAACUGAUCAACAACCAAUGGGACAAGGACGACGAGCACCAUAUGCUGCGGCUCAAGGACACCUUCAUCCACCACUCGCAUCUGUGCCUCGUCUUUGAGCUGUUGUCGAACAACUUGUACGAGCUGAUCAAGCAGAAUUCGUUCCGCGGGUUGAGUACGUCGCUCGUGCGGGUGUUCACGGCCCAGCUGCUCGAUGCGUUGACGGUCCUGCACGAGGCCAAGAUCAUUCAUUGCGAUCUCAAGCCGGAGAAUAUCUUGCUCAAAUCGUAAGCCCUACUUGCCAUACUUUUCUGGUGGCAAAACUUUAGCUCAUCGCGCCAUCUCUCUACAGCUUGCAAUCACCCACGAUCAAGGUUAUUGACUUUGGUUCGGCCUGUCACGAGAAGCAGACGGUGUACACCUACAUCCAAUCGCGGUUCUAUCGAAGUCCCGAAGUCAUCCUUUCACUACCCUAUUCGGCCUCGAUCGAUAUGUGGUCGCUGGGGUGCAUCUGCGUCGAGCUCUUCCUCGGGUUGCCACUGUUCCCGGGCACGAGCGAAUUCAAUCAGAUUACGAGGAUCGUAGAGAUGCUAGGGUACGUAGUUUCCGUUUUCUUGGCAGACUCACGUUGUAUUGAUCUUUCACACGCCUUGUGCUUCCAUUCAAUAGGAUGCCGCCGAACCACAUGCUCGACAAGGGCAAGCAGACGAUGCACUUCUUCGAUCAGUACGCGGACGAGUACGGCCAACGACGCUGGCGGCUCAAGACACUGGAACGAUAUUCGCAAGAGAACAAGGUGCAGGAGCAACCGAGCAAGCGAUACUUUGCGAAAUCGACGCUCCCGGAGAUCAUCCAGCAGUACCCGAUCGUGCGCAAGGGGCUCAAGGAGGCCGACGCGGAGAAGGAGAGGAAGAACCGGCUCGCGUUCAUCGAUUUCGUCAAGGGGCUGCUGAACCUCGAUCCGGAGCAACGGUGGACACCGCAGCAAGCUCGUUUGCACCCUUUUGUCCUUGGGGAGCCGUUCUUGCAGCCUUUCGUGCCGCCUCCUCACAUCAAGGGAGGAGCUUUCGUCAAGUCGCCUGCGAUUGGGUCCUCUUCGUCUUCGUCGGCGUCUGCCGAUGCGAAGCGCUAUGGCGGCCUACCUGCAGCGACGCCGCGCACGACACAGGGGCGCACCUACGACGCGAAGGCGUACGGCCAGCAUCUGCAGCAGCAACAGAACUACACGAUCCAGGCUCAACAGGUGGCACAACGAGCCGCCGCGAUCCCGACGAACCCGUACGCCGUCGAUAUGCAAGCGCAAGCUGCGGCCGUCGCGCGGCAGCAAUCGCAAUACCAACAGCAGCAGCAUCAGCAGCAGUCGAUGGCACUGGCGCAGCAGCAACAGCAGCAGCAACAACAACAACAUAUGCAGGUAACAGGUGGUUACGGGCCGGCAGGGGCAUCGUCGUUCAGCUAUGCCUCACCGCAGAACACGACCGUUGCGAACCCUCCGGCGGCGCAUCACUACACGUCGACGCGAGGCAGGUCGAACACGGGAGGGACGCAGGAAUUGCCCCCGGCGUUGCAGAAGGUCGGGCAGACGCUGGGUGUGUCGGCCGGGACGGGUCAGAGUGUUACCCCUGUGUAGGUGAUCAGUCUCGACACGGAACUACUUUGUCGGACCUGACUAACGCGACCGCUCUUCUUUUCGUUCAGGCUUCGACGAGACGAUCAGUGGCAAGCGUGGGAGAGGAUAUCGACGGACGGGCAGGGCGUGCAACGGCGCAUCUCGGUCUCUUCGAGACAUCCCCAUCUCAACCUUCUUCAGGAGCAGGUGAUUUUUGACGAUGCCUCAUUGCUCAGCGAUAUUCUGCGAACCGAUUGCUGACGGCUAGGUUGUGCUUUGAUUGUCAGGCCGAGAAUGGGCUCAACAGCUGGGCCUCACCGAUGCGAGCCAAGCCGACGCAUGGAUCGCAAGCCUCGUUCUCGGGCUACUACGCCUCGCCUCAGCAACCACAGCCACCGUCCUUCUCGGUCGUGGUCGACAAUCGAGGACCGCCCGUCGACCUACCCGGCAUCGCCGCACCGCCAUUGGCGUAUUCGACCGCUGGGAGCUCGAAUCGCUACGCACCUUACUCGACUGGACCUCCCAAUCCCGGCGCUGGUGGAGGGUACGAUCUCGCCUUCGAUGCGUUCGGCGGAGCGAGUGCAAAUCCUGCGCUGGACGGACUGGGCGUCUAUCAACCGAUGCAGCCCUAUCAACAGGCGAAUGCCCGAGGGAUGGCUGGUGCAGGCGCGGUCGCGGGUGAUGGGAGCGUGUUGCCGACGACGAUGCAGCAAUCGUUGUAUUCGGCGCAUCUGCCGUUCUCACCGGGGCAUCAGGCGGGACAAUCGAAUCAAAGUAAAGCCAAGCAGUGGUGA